AUGCCCGAACAACUUACCAAGGAUGAAGUCAACUCUCAGACUGAUCCUUCGGUUUCAAAACAAUACGAUUCCAAAACUUCUACCGAUGAGCAGAUCAAAGAGUUCUUCAAGUUUAUUGAUAGCAAAAAAGUUGGUCUUCUAAAUACGUACCGCAACGGAGUCGGCCCCGUUGGACGCUCGAUGGCGAUUGCCAAACGAACAGGACCUGACUUCCUAUUCCUCGCAAAUCAACAUUCUCAAAAGUUCUCAGAUCUCUCUUCUAAUAAAGAGGUACAACUCACUUUCCAGGAUUCCAAGACUCAGGACUGGGCUUCCAUCUCCGGCACUGCGACGACAGUAUCAAAUAAUGAUCCUCGCAUCAAAGAUGUCUGGAGCAGUGGCGUCAAGGCCUGGUUUGGAGACUUGGGGGAUGGAGUUCACACCGGAGGGCCGGAGGAUCCAAGGAUGGCCCUCAUUGAAGUGAAAGCGAAGUACAUUACCUAUUGGCUACAUGAAGUUGGCACCUUAGGCUUCGUCAAGGAGGUUGCUGGUGCUGCGCUCACUGGCAAUGUUGCCAACACUGGAGUACUAAGGGAGUUGAAAGAGGCCGAGAUUGAGCAGGCACGGAAGCAAGGUUGA